AUGUCCAUCGUCUCAGGAGCUUCUGGGGAGACGAAAAAGCGCGUUGGUCGUCCGAAAAGAGGCGCUGCGAAGGCGAAAUCGAAGGUGAGCCCGAAACCCAAGCCACAACCAAAACCGAAGGCGAAGAACGCAGCGUAUCGCAAGCGCGGUCGCGCAGAAAGCAAUGGGGAACAACAGCACGCUGGUGUGUUUGCCGUCGCAGGAAAGCAAAAUGACGAUGACAAAGCCAAAAUCUUCGAUGAUGAGCAAGCGAUAAGAGAAGACUCGCACGCACCUGCAAAAAAGCAGAGAACUAGUAGAACUACAAAUCAUCUCCUUGGAGCUGGACUACUACCAGAUGUGACCCAAACAGAUCCCGUCCUCCGCCGAGCAAGGGCGACCCGCAGCAAGGGCAGUCGAGAUAGCACGAAAUCGCAACAACAACUCGAAGAACCAGCGCAAGACAAUAAUCAAAAGGAGGAGGAGGAGGAGGGGCAACAGGAUGAAGAGGAAGAUGAGGAGGAGGAUAUCUACGGUGAAGACAGCAUUCCGGACCGCGUGGUAGAAAACCGCAGAAAAGCCGCUGAUGCUGUUGGAAAAGGUGAGUGGUGAAAUGUAAGGGAAAGGUGGGAAGUAUGAAGAGGGCCACGAUGUCGGCACCUCUUCACAGAAAAGUCUGUCCAGAACUACUCCCGCUGUCGUGUGGGAGCUUUCUUCACUUCGAGCUAAGGUUUGCUUUGAUCUCCAACUCUUUCAUGGGUCUGCUACUCCUUCGUCAUUAUACUACUUAUCAAUUCCAAGGCAGUAGCGAUCUAUCAAUUUAUAUAUGAAUUUAUUUGACUUCUUCCAAGGACAGGAGUUGUUUUAGAUAUUCGCAAUUUUGUGGCGUACCACUAACAAGAGAGCUUUUGCUAUCCCGACAACAAGUUGUGACCUACAUCACAACGAGAAGCCUUCAUCAAUCUAGUGCAGGUGCUUCAUGUGAGGUUUCUCCGCUGUCAGAACUCAGCUCACUUCUCGUCGUAGAGGAUGUGGGCACCUUGCUAUGUAAAUGUAUGUAUCAAUAGCAUCGUCAGUCCUAAGAGCACCCGUCCCCCGACUCAUCUAAAUCUCCCCUGUUGCAUCCUUUGAUAAGGUUUAUUCUGUUAUUCAAGAAAAACGCUGGCUGCUGGUUCCCCGCUAGCUACGAGCUGCAGACUCUAUGAGUAUUGGCAGAGCCUUUUCUCCUCCUUUAUGCCUACGCAUUGGCCAGUUUCUUAACCUUCGCAGUUAACGAGCAUGCGCCAUCAAGAGUUACUGCGCCAUAGGUAUGCGUCAGAAGUCACUCUAGUCUACAUAUACACAGGCAAGAGACGACUCCCAUCGAUAAUUGACUUUUCUCGAGCAUACCUAGGCUACAGGUGACAAGGGGCAGCUUGGCGCCUCAUCGAUCUGUUUUUUUAAAUCGCCCGUGUUGGAUCUAAGUAAUAUUAUGGAGGAAGCCCUCAGAGUCGGACACUCAUAUUUAUCAGCUUCUUACUAACUAUCCUAUGUGCCUAAUCUGCCUGUUUGUCAGUGAGCCCCCGCUGUCUGGCUUGGCGACAGGCUGUCGCAGUAGAUAGUCUGUGAAUCAAUCUCGAACGAAGCAAAGUUAUCAAUCUUGUAUGAAUGUGAUUAAAUUUUGAGAUGCGAGAUCAAUCUACUUUCUAUGGAACCAGACUAGGUAUACAGGCGACAUUAGGUAGCGCCUUUCUUUCAUAAUAAUAAAUAGUUCACCCGAUACACCCAGGCCGUCGUCGCUUCUAACCAAGUGAGAGGCGCUGUAUCUUGCCUUUAGCUUUCCUCUGAAAAUGAAAGGCCACCGCCAGCAAUGCACAUGCUAGAUGGAGUUAGCGUCUAUGAAUGACGAACCCAAUCAGGUACCCUACAAAUUCUGCUCCUCAACGAAGUCUCUUUUUGAUAUACUCUCGAUGGCCAGCGAUUCCCUUCCUGAGGAGAAUGAGAGGGAGCUUGCUAUCUUGCUUGGUUUUUGUUAGAUCCCUCACUGAUUAGUUCAGUAGUUAAUUGAGCUCGACAGGAUGGAAGACUUCGUCACUUUUUGUAUCUAUAUCGUACUCGCACACCCGCGCCCCGCGAAGGAGCCCGUGGAGUGCUAGUGGCACUGAACUAUUGAUAAGCUGCCUGCUUAUUAUUUCCUCAGUUUUGAUUGACACAUAACUAAUUGGAUAAGUAAUUCUCUUGGUCCGCAUCAAGAAGCACUACUAUGAGUUCACUAAGAUGCCGGACACACAGAGCAUGUGAAUGGUAUACAUAGCAGUAAUUAUUUAAUUCGGGUAGUACACAGCCACUCGCAUAUGAGCGAACUCCUUUUUCAUUUUCAAUCCAGAUAGAUCUAUUUGGUAUAGAUACCACACUCAUUCAUCAAGCAGCAUCCUUCAUGAAAACUAAGCUAGAUCGAUAGCAGCGCGUGUUUGUGUGGAUGGAUGGAUCGGCGUUACUUAGCAAGAAACAACGAUCAAACGAGCGGGACUAAAGUGCAUCACUCAUUUGCUACGAGAUGGCAUCUAAACAGAUCUACCUGAGCCACGGAAAGUAACCAGGUUCACGACAUGCGCCCUAUCUCAGCAAAUCUGAUAAAACAAAACUCUAAGUCAAUGCUUUCAUCAACUAAUACGAAACAGAGCCAGUUGGUUCACUAAGUCGGGGACUCCUGGAGCGUGAUCCAUUAGAAACCUACUUACUCAGCUCAGUGCGCGCAGUAUGCGUGACUGCAUCCCACUCAAGCUAUCCGAUCUUUCUGCAUGUACAGUUUUUCUUCUAAUAAAAAGACUACCAAUAACUUACUCUGUGGCCACCUUGACGUCCAUAGAUACUUGGAGAACACAUGUGGGGGGGAUUCAUGAAUCAGAAAACACAAUAAGGGGAAAAAUUGAGAUAGACUCACUGUGUAUUCCACGGGAUAACUCUUACUGGCCUUUUCGUCGCCAGGCAAUUCUUUGACUCCGCGACUCUGGCCAUCAAAGCAAACUCAUUGACAUAUGGAAACAGUAAGUGGUCUUUUAUACAAUUGACGUUGGCCGUGUAGGGUAUACAUGUGGGGUAAAAUUUUGCUGCUGUCUGUUUUGGGAAAGAGAGCAUUCAAGCAACAGGAUGGAGAAUAGCAUUCAAGCCAUAGCCAUACGUUAUUAAGUGCAAGAAUCAGGGACACUAUGACACCGAGUAGCUCCAUCGUCGUAUUACACUGUCUGGGAGCUUGCUUCUCAGGGUCUUUCUUAAACUUGAUUUCAUUAUGAGCCUGCGUCGCAAUGCUAAGGACAGAACUAGCCAAAAGAAAAUAUGCCGUCUGUCGCACACAUACUGACUGAGGAGACCACCAAAUUAAUGAAUAACAUGAGUGCACAAUCGUAAGAGAGCCAUCGAUCUACAGGCAGGCGUAGCGCAGAUGGACUGCACUAGAGCCCGCCGCUGACUGUGAUCGUAGGUAGUGUUUUUUGGUGGUGGCUGUGGUGACGUCUAUAUUACCGAUGGAUCCAAGUCCAUAUCUACGCCUACCUAGUCCUAUUUUGAUAUUUUGAGUUGAUCAACCAUGCUGAGCUCGAGUCUAUUCCACUUUGAUACUUUGGCCCACCUAUGCUGAACUACAAACUACUGACGAUCGUGCGCCUUUGAAUUGUCUAAAUUUCUCGGAGAAGAAAUUGAUGUACAUCUACAAACCCCUCAACGACAAUCAACCACGAAUGUAUGAAUAUCUGCGGGAAGCCUCACCCCUUGAAGAUUUAUUGAAUAGAACUAGCAGAAACAUCGACCCACGAAAAGCAAGCAACAUGUAGUCUACGAUGCUAUGCAUACAAAGCACCCUCACCAAUUCUCUCAAUUGAUCAGUCAGUCAAAAAUCGAUCAGUCGAGGGGGCCGAAAGCUCAGCUGUGCGCCAUCAUCCAUAGCAACGAGAUUGAUUAACAUCUAUGAGCGAAUUAUUGUGAAGCAGACUAGCCUGUCCUGUAUUUCGAAGGGAAGAUAUAAGAAAGUGCCAAGUUCCCCAGCGGCGCUCCGCUUCUUGACUUUCCGCCGGUCCCUCUCUUGUGGAGGAACACUGAGUGAGAUAGGCAGGAGGUCGCUGAUCAUCUUCGCGUCACGAAAUAGGUUGGCUCCGUUGUCGUUUCAGUAAAAUGCAUUGGCGCACGGCAUGUCUUCGAAUACAGUAUUAAAGAAACAACAGUUACCGCACAUUCCUCCACACUGAACGCUACCUAAGUAAUGAAUAAGAGCACUCACUUCGGGGAGGAACCAAAAUCCAAAUAGAUAGCAUAUUAUUUAGUAUGUUCUUCAAGCAGUUUUAUGCAAGUGUAGACGAUCCUACUCCAUUGUCCUUGUCCUACGAUGUAUUUUUAAUAUUCUUGGUUUCACAGCAUGAAUCGUGAUGAAAUAUAUAAGCGUGGAAGUUUAUUACUAAAGAGACACUAUCAAUAUAAAUAUAAUUCAGCAUUUCUCACAAAGAAGUGAUAGUUAGACGACAGACCGAGUUCCGAGUGAAGGGCAGAUCUCACAAGCAAGGCCCUCUUCAGCAAUUUUGCGUGAAUGCCUUCGAUCUUCAUUCAUCUCUAUAUCCAUUUGUCUCUCCCUCUCUCGUGCGCGACACUCUAGAUGUAGAUCAAUGUGGCAAAGUUCUAGGUCGCUCAUCGGCACACUGAUUUGGCAUAGAUAAAUAUGGCCAGCCUGCUGGCUCAGACUUCAACUUCUUAUGUCGGUUUCAGUUCUCCGUUUUCGGGGAUAGGGACUCUCUCACGUCAGUCACUCGCUAGAUGCAUAAAAAGCUUCUUGCGCGUUACAGGACUACUUUGGGGAAAGCGCUCACAGUUUUAAACCUUUCAGUCAUCUUUUCUCAUCGUGAUUGAUUGGCCAAACUUGCACCGGUUGGGAGAUAAAAGGGACCAGAGUUCAAAUAAGUAUCGCUAUUUAGUUUAUACAACGAAGAAACAGAUGAGGGCUGAAUUGUGGAGAUUCUUGCCUUGACAGACUUGAUAGAGUGCGCGAUCCUUUCUCGACUUACUUUGGUAUCUAUAAAGCAGAAGGCUUUUGCUUUUAGUAGAUGCAGCUGCAAAGUUCUUCGUAUUUGAUCAGUCCGUCGCUCGCAAAAAACUUUUAGAAGAAGCGGGGCACAUUCUCUAUUAAAGCUUUUUUUCACUCGAUCUCCAUUUCACUCACGAACGAAAAAAUCAGAAGAACGCACUUGCAAAAGCUCUCAUUGUUCCCGACGUUCCUGCAUCAAGGCGACAACUUCAAAAAGCGCGCUUUCAUGUAGGCCUCCCGCGGAGGAAAAAGGAUUGAGCACAUCCAUGAGGUCGGUCGUGACA